CUCUCUGGCGCCAUUACUGAGGCGCGAGCUCGGGCGGUGGCAGUUAUGAACGUCAUCGAGCACGUCCGCGAGAUGGUGGCCGCCGGCCUGUACUCCAACAGCCGGCUCCUGAGCGGCCUCCUGCUCAGCAUGAGCGACAACAGCCCAGAAUUAUUCUCCCCAGCACAGAAAUACCAGCUCCUUGUCUACCAUGCGGAUUCUCUCUUUCAUGAUAAAGAAUAUCGCAACGCCGAAUCCAAAUACAAGAUCGCUUUACAGCAGAAGAAGGCGCUGAGCAAGACCACAAAAAUGAGGCCAGCUGGGGGCAGCACCCCUUCAACCCCACAGACCCAGGGAUGUCAACAGAGAGCCAGAAAAGUUUCAGAAUGCCUGCCGUCUGAGAUUGAGGUCAAGUAUAAAAUGGCCGAAUGCUACACAAUGCUGCGGCAGGAGAGAGACGCUGUUGCCAUCCUGGACACCAUUCCCACCAGGCAGCGCACUCCCAAGAUAAACAUGAUGUUAGCGAACCUGUAUAAGAAAGCUGGACAGGAGAGAUCGGCUGUCACCAGCUAUAAGGAGGUGUUACGACAGUGCCCCCUGGCACUGGAUGCAAUUCUGGGUCUGUUGUCCCUAUCAGUGAAGGGAGCUGAGGUGGCGUCUCUGACCAUGAAUGUGAUUCAGAGUAUCCCCAAUCUCGAUUGGCUGUCCAUCUGGAUCAAAGCAUAUGCCUUUGUUCACACUGGCGACAACCCCCGAGCCAUCAAUACCAUCUGCUCUCUGGAGAAGAAGUCUUUGCUUCGUGACAAUGUGGAUCUGAUGGGCAGCCUGGCUGAUUUGUACUUCCGUGUGGGCGACAGCAAAAACGCCGUCUUAAAGUUUGAGCAGGCUCAGAUUCUGGAUCCGUAUCUAAUCAAAGGAAUGGACGUGUAUGGGUACCUGCUGGCAGGCGAGGGGCGACUGGAGGACGUGGAGAACUUAGGCGGCCGUUUAUUCAAUAUCUCGGAUCAGCAUGCGGAACCCUGGGUGGUUUCAGGGUACCAGUGUUUGUACAGCAAGCGCUACUCGCGGGCCCUCUAUUUGGGGGCCAAAGCCAUUCAGCUGAACAGCAACAGUGUGCAAGCCUUGCUGCUGAAGGGAGCAGCUCUGCGGGCCUUGGGAAGGAUACAGGAAGCCAUCAUCCAUUUCCGUGAAGCCAUGCGCCUGGCCCCCUGCAGGAUGGAUUGUUACGAAGGUCUUGUCGAGUGUUAUUUGGCUUCGAACAGUAUAAGGGAGGCAAUGGUCAUGGCCAAUAACGUCUACAAAACCUUGGGACCCAACGCCCAAACCUUGACACUCUUCGCCACCGUCUGUUUGGAAGAUCCAAUGACCCAAGAGAAGGCGAGGACACUGCUGGAUAAAGCUCUGGCCCAGAAAUCUGAUUACCUGAAAGCUGUGGUCAAAAAAGCAGAGCUGUUGAGUCGGGAGCAGAAGUACGAUGAGGGAAUAGCGCUGUUACGGAACGCACUGGCCAAUCAGAGUGUGUGCGUGCUACACAGGAUGCUGGGAGACUUUCUGCUAGCCGUCAGCGAUUACCAGGAGGCGAUGGACCAGUACAGCAUCGCGUUAAGCAUGGAUCCCAACGACCAGAAGUCUUUGGAGGGAAUGCAGAAAAUGGAGAAGGAGGAGAGCCAGACCGAGGCGACCCAGGAGGAAGAUGUGGACGACAUGGAGGGCAGCGGGGAAGAAGGCGACUUGGAAGGGAGUGACAGUGAGACUGCACAGUGGGCAGACCAGGAGCAAUGGUUUGGAAUGCAAUAGCAAUGCCCCCCCAACUUGUUCAGUCUGUGCCAUUUAAUAACCCUAACUAAUAAUCAUUGCUUUGUAACACAGCAGCCAGCGUCAGCUGUAGGUCAACAUUGGUAAACAGCUGAGCUCAAAGCUUGUACGUAAUAUAUUGCUGGGGGUAGGGGGUGUGAGCAAUGGCUGGUUAGCUAAUCACUUUGCCCCAGUCAACUGGUAAGCCUAAUUGUAACUCCUGGCUAACUCAUCACAGACCAGGUAUUGAACUCGAACACUUUAGGGAUUUUGUAGUCAGUGGUAUUACCCUGUCAUUUGAGUCAUCUGAGCCACAGCAAUGGUUUCCGAGUUGUAAUUUGCACAUUUGGCUGCACUUCAUGUGUUUCCGAGCCUCGACACUGAGUGAAAAGGUUUGAAACUUUACAAAGGAUCCAUUGACCUGUAGAUUUAUUUUCUUUUAAAGCUCACCUUCGACCCCAGGAUUUACCUCCCAACAUUUGUCAUUUUUUCAGCCACCCAGGAAUUGUUUACAUCUUGUAUUGUGCACCAUAUCAUUCAGUGGUUGUUAGGCAGGAGUUGGGUUCUGAAUUGGUUUGGUUGAGAUCUACUGUGAUGUGUUGGGGGCGGAAAUUAGAAAAAAGAUUUUUGCGUGUGUGGGUGCAGGCAGCUGCUAACUGCUGUACUUGUUAAGUAUGCACUGCACUGGGAGCAUCAAUGUAUAUCAAAUGUAGCUUUUUAAAAAAAAUAAUUUUUUAAUUGAAUAAAAUAAUGUCCUUGGA